AUGCCUCCAAGCCUCCAAGUCUCCAUGCCACCAAGCCUCCAAGCCUCCAUGUCCAUGCCUCCAAGCCUCCAAGUCUCCAUGCCCCCCAAGCCUCCAUGCCUCCAAGCCUUCCAAGCCUCCAAAUCCCCAUGCCUCCAAGUCUCUGCCUCCAAUCCUCCAGGCCACAAAUCUCCAAGCCUCAAGUCUCGCCUCCAUGCCUUCCAAGCCUCCAAGCCUCCAACCUCCAAGCAUCCAAGUCUCCAUGCCUCCAAGUCUCCCCGGCCUCCAAGUCUUCCAGGCCUCCAUGUCCCCAAGCCUCCAUGCCAUGCCUCCAUGUCUCCAUGCCUCCAUGCCUCCAAGCCUCCAUGCCACAAGUCUCCAAGCCUCCAAGUCCCCAUGCCUCAUGCCUCUGAAGGCCUCCAGGUCCCCAUGCCUCCAAGCCUCAGUGUCCAUGCCUCCAAGCCCCCAUGUCUCCAAGCCUCCAGGGCCUCCAUGCCUGGCCUCCAGCCUCAUGCCUCCAGUGUCCUCCGUGUCCAUGGCUCCAAGGCCUCCAAUCUCCCCAUGCCUCCGGCCUCUCGCCUCCAUGCCUCCAUGCCUCCAAGCCUCCAAGGCCUCCGGCUCCUCAUGGCCUCAUGUGCCUCCAGGCCCAUGCCUCCAAGCCUCCAGGCCUCCAUGUCCCCAUGCCUCGAAGCUCGGUCCAUGCCUCCCCAUGGCCUCCGGUCCCCAUGUCCCAUGCCCUCAAGCCUCCUUGCCUCCAUGCCUCCGGCCUCCAGGCCUCCAGGUCUCCAGGCCUCCAUGGUCCCCAUAUGCCUCCAUGCCUCCAAGCCUCCAUGUCCCCGUGCCUCCAAGGCCUCCGGCCUCCAUGCCCUUGUGGCCUCCGGCCUCCAGGUCCAUGCCUGCCUCCAAGUCCCUCCUGCCUCCGGCCUCCAUGCCUCCUCCAUGCCUCCGGCCUCCAUGUCCCCAUGCCUCCAAGCCUCUCGGUGUCCCAUGCCUCCUAAGCCUCCGUUCCAUGCCUCCCAUGCCUCCGUGUCCGUGCCUCCGGCCUCCAUGCCUCCUCAUGCCUCCAAGCCUCCGGCCUCCAAUGUCCCCAUGCCUCCGGCCUCCAAGUCCCCAUGCCUCCAUGCCUCCAUGUCCCCAUGCCAGGCCUCCCGGCCUCCGGUCCGGGUGCCUCCAUGCCUCCAGGGGUGCCCGUGCCUCCAAGCCUCCGGCCAUGGCCCCAUGCCUCCAUGCCUCCAUGCCUCCAUGCCUCCGUGCCUCCGGUCUCCAAGCCUCCAAGUCUCCAUGCCUCAAGUCUCCAUGCCUCCAAGCCUCCGUGUCCUCGUGCCUCCAGGCCUCCAAGCCUCCAUGCCUCAAGUCUCCUGGCCUCCAGGCCUCCAAGCCUCAGGGUCUCCGGCCUCCAGGUCCCCAUGCCUGCAAAUGUCCAGGCCUCUCAUGCCUCCCAUGCCUCCAAGGCCUCCAUGUCCCCAUGCCUCCAAGCCUCCAAAGUCUCCUGCCUCCAAGCCUCCAGAGUCCCCAUGCCUCCAAGCCUCCCCUCCAAGCCUCAGGUGUCCCCAUGGCUCCAAGUCUCCAAGCCUCCGGCCUCCUCCAAUGCCACCAAGCCUCCGUGUCCCCAUGGCUCCAAGCCUCCAUGUCCCCAUGCCUCCAGGCCUCCAGUGUCCCCAUGGCUCCAAGGCCUCCACCUCCAUGCCUCCAAGCCUCCAAGUCUCCAUGCCUCCUAAGCCCCCUGCCACAAGUCUCCAGCCUCCAUGUCCCCAUGCCUGCAAACUGAAGCCUCCAAAUCUCCAUGCCUCCAGUCCAUCCAAGCCUCCAUGCCUUCCAAGCCUCCAAGCCUCCAAUCCCAUGCCUCCAAGUCUCCUGCCUCCAAGCCUCCAAGCCUCCUGUGCCCCAAGUCUCCAAGCCUCUUAA